AUGGCCAAGCUUCCCUCCAUCUCCAUGCUAACCAUAGCCUGCGCACUCUUAUUCAUGUUCAUCAUCCACCAGCAGGCAUCCUCCGCUAGAACCAUUGGCAAUCCCACCCCAACCCCUCGUAACCAUUAUCACAGAAUAACGUUUCUAAUGAGAGACGUGCUGAUCAAUGUGACUCAACCCUCAUCAAAGCCCGCAACCGCUAAAGUCACCGGUCAGCUCCCCUUCCCAAAGCCACUAGGCCUCUUCCCUCCUAAUGGAGGAAUCCCCCUACUUGGGUCCAAUCCAACAGUUCCCGGCACCGCUGCCGGAUUGUCCACUCAAACACUUGAUCUCUCCGCCAUCGGUCUAUCUUUCCCGGCUAGAGCUACUAUUCAAGAGUUGGAGUUUGGGACAGUAACAGUAAUAGACCAAGAAUUAUUUAAAGGUUCGAGUAAAAACAACAUGUCACCCAUGCUUGGAAAAGCACAGGGGAUAUAUGUUGCAAGCUCAGAAGAUGGGAGCAGCCAUAUGAUGGCCAUGACAGCAUAUUUUGCUGGUAGUGAUGGCUUUAAGGAUGGGUUGAGGUUUUUUGGGGUGCACCAGACCGAUGUUCCCGAGUCUCAUAUUGCAGUUAUUGGUGGCAUUGGGAAGUAUCAAGGCGCAAAUGGGUAUGCAAAAGUUAAGGCAGUGGAUGAUCAUGUGGGUUCUCAUACUGAUGAGGAAGGAAAAGGAACCAAUAAGCUCCUUCUGUUCCAUGUAUAUCUCAGUUAG